AUGUACAUACCAGCCCUAUUCAUCUCGCUAGGGCUCGCGAUACUUCUCGUGCCGUUCUUGGUGCCCAUUAGAUCGAAAUCCCCGUUGCACCACCGGUUGAAAACAGCCAUUUCGGUGUGUCUAGUGGUUUCGCUGUUGGUGGCAAUUGCCCCCGAGAGAGCCCAGAUAGGAGCGCCUUUCCACAAGUACGGCAAACUGAAGAUUGCCUUUUACGGAUGCAAUUACCAGAUCGUCUUGACACAGGCGAGGUUCUGCGAGCCCGACAAGAGCCUCGAGUGGUGCUAUUGCAACAACUUCAACGCCUUUGCGACAAUCGCCCACUGCUACAAAAUAGCCCACCCCGGGGAAGUUGACUCGUUGCUUGACAUGUGUCGCCAGUACAAAAGCAACCUCGGCGCUGAGGUGGUUACGCGAGCGAAUGCCUACUAUGACCAUCAUGCUAGAAAAGUGGAAAACUUUACAAAUUCAUCCUCAUCGUUGCUACGCCCGUUGACAAACUUUCCAGCAAAGCUCAACGAAACUGAAACGUUGAUCUUUGAACAUGCGUAUCGGAGCUUUUUGGGCAAUUUCGACUUAUCAGUUGAUUACGGCGCAUACUUGGUGCUCUUCUGGAUUUGUGUCUUUUGCUUAGCUGCCGUGGGCAACUGGUCCAAGAUCUGGUUACCGGGCCUCCAACAACGGUUAACCGAUCCCGUGACAAACUGGUUCAGGCACCAUGUCUCGUUGCCCGCGACUGGAACACGAAAUAAAACAAACGAGCAACCGUUUGCUUAUUUCUUGCACUUGUUGGUUCCAACGAGAGCCGAGACUUUGAUCUUGCUAGCGUCGUUGAUCCUUUGCGUGUACUUUAUGACUGCAAACAUCCUGUACGUGGAGGACGACCCCUUGUUCAACACCAAAGGGUUAGCUCUACUACGAUACUACGCCGUGAGGGCCAGUAUCUUGUCGAGCUCACUCAUGCCGCUAUUGAUCUUGUUUGGCGGCAGGAACAAUUUCUUGCAGUGGUUCACGCGGUGGGACUAUGCCACAUUCAUCACUUUGCACCGGUGGGUGUCGCGUGAGAUUAUGGUCAUGAUCUGCAUCCAUAGCGUCAAUUACUCGUACUACCUCAGAUUGCGCAACCGUGUCAUUGAAACCUAUGUCUAUAUCGGCUCGGCUGCGUUCAUGGCGGGAGUCGCGAUUAUGAUCCAAGGUCUCUUGAUCUUGCGCAGAAAAUGGUACGAAGUGUUUUUGCUAUUGCACAUUGUGCUAGCUGCAGUAUUUAUCUUCGGUGCUUGGCUUCACGUUGAAGACAUGUACUGCGUCUGGUUCUAUUACACCUGUGCUGCAAUUUGGGCGUUUGAUCGAAUCAUUAGAGUGCUUAGACUUUACUCGUUUGGAAUUGCUCAAGCUAGAGUCUACUUGUUACCCGACGAGACCUUGAAAGUUGUUGUUAGCAAACCAAAACCCGACAAUUGGGAAGCUGUGCCUGGAGGACACGCAUUCAUCCAUUUCUUGAGACCAUCCUGCUUUUGGCAGUCGCAUCCAUUUACAUAUACAAUGACCGAGGACGAGAUAUGCUUGUUUAUUAAAGUGAAAAAGGGGGUCACCUUGCAAUUGGCAGAGUAUUUGAAAACACACAAGGAUAAGAAAUUCACCCACAUCCCAGUGGCGAUUGAAGGUCCUUACGGAGAAAAGACACCUGCAGGCAGGUACGAUUCUCUGGUGUUUAUCGCUGGCGGCAAUGGUAUUCCCGGUAUUUAUUCAGAAGUGGUUGAGCUUGAACAGAGCACAAACGCCGACCGCAAGAGCAAGUGCAAGUUGAAAUUGGUGUGGGUAGUAAGGGAAUUCACGUCUUUGCUUUGGUUUUACGAGGAGCUUCUCAAAUUGCAGAAUUCAAAAAAUAUCGAAACUGUAAUUUUCAUUACUCGUCCAGCACUUGCUGUAGACCCUGGUGCGUUUAAAAGAAGAAGAGUACGAGAUCUUUCGGUGGAGUCGGAAAUUUUGCAGGAGAGCAACGAGUUGACGCCCUUGGUGGUUUCCAAAAGCCAAGCACAAACAUACACAGCCGAAAUGGUCGAGUCCGAUAGCUAUAGCGAAGAUCCAACAGCUGAUAUCCGCGCCCAGAUCAAAUCCGAACUUUCGCACAUUGAUUUCUUCGAAGCGAAACCAAACAUCGCCAAGCUAGUCGAGACAAGCAUCGUUGAGUCCACUGGGUCCACCUGCUUUGUCACCUGCGGCCACCCUGCGAUGGUUGACGAUAUCAGAGCUGCGGUUGUGGCCAAUAUUGCAAACGGUGAGAAAAAGCGGGUCGAUUACUUUGAGCAAUUGCAAGUCUGGGCGUAA